CGACCGUUGUCCCAUACCAAUAGAGUAAUUAGCGAUUAGACAUUUAUAUAUCAUAUUUACGUACAAGUUAAGUUUCCAAAUAAUGUAUUUUUCCUAUAUCGUAUUUGCUUCCGCUAAUCUGUUGAACUUAGACUUAAAUCAUUAGCAGACGUACGUCAUAAAUCGGACUCUUGUACAUGACGUAUUAGAGAAACACAUAUUAAAUAGGAGUAAAGAGAAUUAAUAAACUAGUAUCUUUCCAAAUUUCUUGUGUGCAUCAUUUACUGAGCAGCUAGUCUGUGUAACCAAAGUCGCAACGUCGACUAGGCCACAACAUACUGGUGUCAGAAGUGUUCGAACUCGAUCAAGAAGAAGAUUCGUUCAAGAAACUUGAUCAAGCCGUAGAACUUAAAAGAUUUAAGUACGGUGAACUGAGUAGCCGAUAAAUACUUAAACAUUUUUGAGUUCACCCUCUUUGCUCUAACCAUCAUUGAUCCCGCCGAAGCCUACGACAACGUCCAUCGCCAACAGUGAAGCUGUCGAGAGAAACCGAAGGAAGCAUUCGAGCAGGAAAAACUGUGAGUAGAGAAAUUUCACUAGCUUGCUGUGUUAUUUUGUUGCAAAAAUUAAGAUAUGGUUGAUACUCGUUCCAACUCAAAUCAAAAUAAUUCCCAAAAUCAAAGUCCAACUCAAAAUCAAAGUCCAACACAAAAUCAAACUCUAACUCAAAAUCAAACUCCAAUUCAAAGCCACAUUUUAAACAAUUCGCAAAAUAGAAUGGCUUUUAACAUGACCGAUCUACGAGCAAUGCUCCCUGAUUCAUUUGACGGCAAUCGCGAACAACUAUAUGACUUUCUGGCUGAUUGUAAUAAUGCAAUUUCCUUUGCGGAAGGAACACAAAAAGAUAUGCUUUUAGCUAUCAUAAUCUCCAAAAUCCGAGGUAAUGCGCGUACUCACAUCCGAAGCAAAACAAUCAGAACGUGGGAAGAAUUAAAAAUCAUUCUAACUCAAGCUUUUGCUGAUCACAAAAACACGAGCCAAUUGAGAGAAGAACUCAAUUGUAUAUCUCAAAAAUCUGGCGAAAAUAUAAUCGAUUUUCAUUUAAGAAUAGAAAAUUUACAAACCAAAUUAAUUAAUGUCAUCGCGCUGGAUAAAAACAACGAAACUGAAGGCAAAAUCGCAUACAUAAAAGAAACGGCGUUGCAACGCUUUAUCCUAUAUUGCUUACCACAAAUCUCAUCCGCAUUACGACGGAUUAAACCCGUGUCUCUAACAGAAGCACUUUCCGAAGCUAUCGCCGAAGAAUGCUAUCUAAAGAUUCAAAGUUCAUUCAAUAAACAAACUCCAAAUCAAAAGAAUAAAUAUUGUUCAAACUGCAAAACAAAUACUCAUUUUACUAACGACUGUCGAUAUAGAGGAAAAAAGCCAAUAACCGGAAAAUUCUGUCGUUACUGCAAGAAAGAUGGCCACGAGAUUGACGAGUGUCGCAAACGUCAAUAUAAUAAUCAAACAAAUCAAAACAAACCUCAAAAUUCAAAUCAUUCACAGAAUCAAUACCGUCAUCAAAAUCCAGGCCCAUCAAAUAAUCGUUCUAACCAUAGACCAAUUAAUCAUACCACCGAAAUAUCACAAAGUGAAGACGUUUCUAAUGAACUACCAAUGGAGUGUCUCGUUAUCGAUAAUAACCAUAAAAACCGAUGCGUUCUAAAUCUACCACACGAAGACAAAUACGGAAAAAAGUUCUAUUUCUCCCUUCUAAUUGAGACUGGCGCAGCUAUAUCCAUAAUUAAACCCGAAAAACUUAAAUUAACAAAUCUCACAUUUAAUCCAAAUGAAAAAACCGAAAUAUCGGGUAUCGGCAAACACACAACAAUGCAAACAGCGGGAACGAUAGAACAGAAGCUGUCCUAA